CGCCAUUUACACAGCUGACUUCCAUCCACUCCAUGUUUUAUUCAUCAAUCUCCUACUGAGCUGGAAUCUGCCCUCUCAUCAUCAGAUGUUUCCCUAUUGUGGAGAUGGCUGCUGUGGAAACUAUGAGGGCAGUGCUGUCUGCCAGGAGUGUUCUUCGUCUGGGUCCAGCCAUGACCAGGAAGAUGAUAUCUCCUCUUGGCACCACUCUAGUUCAGAAUGCAAAAGAUGAUCUUCACCUCAGUUUUCAAAGCCUGACAUUAUCUCCUGUUGAGAUGCAGUUGUCAGCACAAUUCCCAAUAUCAGCAAACUUUUUAAAUAAUAUCAAAGAAUUGAGAUUGCCACCUUUGCUGAAACCCGCCACCAUCACCUUCCCCACAUUGUAUAAUGGGGUAAUGCUAGAAAAAGACCUUCCAUCAGUAUUAAAUAUAUUUGAAAAGACUGAUCCUAGUGCAUCUUCGCAGAAAGUUGAAGCACCUGCCAACCAGGUAGCUGAGAAACAAGCAGCAAGGUUGAUUAUUACAAGAAGAAAAAAAAUGAGGAAACACAAGUUGAAGAAACUACGUAAGAAGAUGAAGUUUGUCUGGGCAAAAGUAAGACAGAAAAGGGAGUAUAGGAAAGAGAAGCAAUUUCAGGCAGAACAGAUGGCCAAAGUACGCAGAUAUGAUGCAUUUGAUGCUGAGGAGUAUGUGAAGGACUUCUUGCGGCAAACUAAGGAGAAGCCCAUUCCAAAGACCUGGAAGAGCAAGCAUUUGCCAGAAUUCCUUAUCAAGGAAUUGAUGAAAAAGGAAGAAGAAAAAAAAAUUAAGAAUAGGCAGGAAAGAUUGAAACUGGAAGCAUUACAAAAAAUAAAAGACAACUAUAAAUCUGAUCUUUUGAGUAAGUGAUUGGCAUUCUAUACAGAAUGAUAAGAAAGUUCUCAAUUUUCUCUAUUUUCAUUGUACUGUAUAUAGUAAAUAAUUUGUUAUAUUGAAUAAGAAUUGACAUGAAUUAUAAAAUGUAAAUUAUUAUGUAAUUUUUUCUUGUGAUUUUUUUCAUAGUUUCUCUUUUCACUUAUAGAAUUUAAUCUCCACAUGAAAUUUAAUUCUACUGAUGUUAGAAUAAAGAUUCAAUUGAA